AUGCUCAAUACGGAAGAAAUUAGACACAGAAGGUAUGCUCAAAAGGGAGUACAGUUCAACAUGUUGCUCUUAGGUCCCAGGGGGAUUGGUAAAAAAACUUUCCUUAGCAAUUUGUGUCAAAUGGAGGAUAUAGCCGCCCUUGCGACGGAAAAUAAUUCGAAUAGGGACUCAAAGCUACCGUACACGAACUAUGCAAUUAAAAUCCAGGAAAUGCUUACCCCUGUGGCUUUGAACGUGCACGUCUUCGAUAUUGGGUUGCAGAUAAAUAAUGCACACACCUCCAACAAAGUCCGGCAUUUUAUACAGGAGUUCUACGACAGGAUCCUGGCAGACGAGAUCAAGAUCUCAAGGGAUAAAAAAACCUUGAAACAGAGCGAUGGAAGAAUCCAUGUAUGCUUGUACUUUAUUGACGGAAACUCAAACGGAUUGAACGAGUUGGAUAUCGACAUGCUGAGUAAGAUUAAAGAGUUCGUUAACAUUUUCAUCGUGAUCGGGAAAGCUGAUAGGUACCGCGAAAAUGAGCUGCAACCUUUGAAGGAGAACAUCAGGCGCGAUUUGGAGGCAAACAACUUGAGAAGUUUCCCCUUUGGUGACGAUAGACUGCGGGACAUAUUCCCCGACGGAGAGGACACUUUGAUCAGCGAUAUACACCCCUUUGCAGUUAUCUGUGGUGAUCGUUUUGAAAGUACUGAUCCGAAUAACGGGGAACCAAAAUCAAUAUUUAGGUACAACUACCUGGAUGAGAAAAUUUCUGUUGAACGACGUGACGUUUCAAAUUUUAUAUACUUGAAGGGCAUCUUACUAGGGUCGCAUUUACAUGAACUGAAGGAAACCACCAACGAUAUAUUCUACGAAAAAUACAGGACAAAGAAGUUGCUAGAACAGAAAAAUUCGCCCGCUCAACAGGAGGAUAAGGAAAACGAGUCACGGGUAGGCACAAGAGGUACUACACUGACGAGUGAAUCGAUGGAUUACCAUGCUGUGGAUCCUGAUCACCAAUUAACUUGCGUAGGUACCGUCUACGAAAAGAAUCAAAUAAUUGAAGCCUACCAGAACAAGAUCGUUGGCUUGGAAAAAAUGAUCCAUGAUAUCUCGGAGGAACCGUCGCCAGCCACCAAAACGGUGUCCACUGAAUGUGAGUAA